AUGAGCUCUCUUCUCUUGGUAGUAGUAAGAGCGACAGUGCGCAGUUUGUAAUGAUCCUCUGGCUGCAGAUUUUGCUUUGAAUGCAGAACUGAAAUACGUCUUUACAUCACCGAGACCGUUCAAGAACUGAGGGUCGCAUGCACCUUGUGUCCGUUCCUGUGCUUAUCCAAACCUCUCUUCUCAAAAGGGAGUUGUAGUCCUGUUUGGACAAUGCUUUCGGAGAAGUGUCUAGGAUUUCUUUAUUCCAGCUUCUGUCUGUGGGCAUAUGUCUUCAUGUCCUUGAUUAAAGGUUGCUCAGCAUGUGAACCAGAAGAACGGUUAUUUCAAAAACUUUUCUCCCAUUACAACCACUUCAUCAGACCGGUGGAAAAUGUAUCUGAUCCUGUGACAGUACAUUUUGAAGUGGCAAUUACACAGCUUGCCAAUGUGGAUGAAGUCAAUCAGAUUAUGGAAACCAACCUGUGGCUGCGACAUAUUUGGAAUGACUAUAAAUUGCGAUGGGAUCCAAUGGAAUAUGGUGGAAUUGAAUUUGUUCGGGUGCCGGCGGAUAAAAUUUGGAAACCUGACAUCGUCUUGUAUAACAAUGCUGUUGGGGAUUUUCAAGUCGAAAGCAAGACCAAAGCUCUUCUUAAAUAUGAUGGGAUGAUCACUUGGACUCCACCUGCUAUUUUUAAAAGCUCCUGUCCUAUGGAUAUCACAUUUUUUCCCUUUGACCACCAGAAUUGUUCACUGAAAUUUGGCUCCUGGACAUAUGACAAAGCCAAAAUUGACCUCCUGAUUAUUGGCUCCAAAGUGGAUAUGAAUGACCUUUGGGAAAACAAUGAAUGGGAAAUAGUUGAUGCUUCUGGCUAUAAACACGAUAUAAAAUAUAAUUGUUGUGAAGAGAUCUAUACAGAUAUAACAUACUCCUUUUAUAUCCGAAGGCUACCCAUGUUUUACACCAUUAAUCUGAUCAUUCCCUGUCUCUUCAUUUCAUUCCUAACUCUAUUAGUCUUUUACCUUCCAUCUGACUGUGGUGAGAAGGUGACCCUCUGCAUCUCAGUGCUACUUUCUCUGACUGUAUUUUUGUUGGUGAUCACAGAGACAAUCCCAUCAACUUCUCUGGUAAUUCCACUGGUUGGUGAAUACCUGCUCUUCACCAUGAUAUUUGUGACCCUAUCAAUUGUCAUCACCGUGUUUGUGCUGAACAUCCAUUACAGGACUCCAACCACACACACCAUGCCCAAAUGGGUAAAAAGCGUCUUUCUCAAGCUCCUGCCCAAAGUCCUGAUGAUGACAAGACCUCUAGAGCCGCAGAAGGAAACCAGCUCUAAAAAGAGUAAGAAAGGGCUUGCCAAUAAAUCUAGCAAGAUGAAGCAAUACGGAGAUGUUAAAUUAUACAGGGAACAGAGAUGCUGCCACUGUGACAAGGUGAACGAACUUGUUACCAGCAAAAGAAGAUUGAGCCCUCAGCCCAUGAAAUGGGGGGUGGAGCACGUCGAGUACUCCGCUGAAGUCGGCGAGGUAAUUAGCAGCGUUCAGUUCAUCGCUGAAAACAUGAGGAGCCAAAACGAAACUAAAGAGGUGGAGGACGACUGGAAAUACGUGGCUAUGGUGAUAGACAGGGUGUUCCUUUGGGUGUUCAUCGUUCUCUGUGUGUUUGGGACAGGAGGGUUAUUUCUGCAGCCACUAAUAGCAGACACAUAAUCCCAAGAAUGCUGGUUGGUUUUUGUUUUAUUCAAUUCCCUACGUUUUUGGAGAUCCACCCAUCCCCUCCACUUUCUCUUGUUACGCUCGGCCCAUCCUCCAAGGAUCCAUCUGCAAAGGGCUGCUGUUAAGCUGAUGUUCCCUCUGGCUAAGAGAUCAGGGUGUGGCUUCCCCUUCCAACAGUCACAGGGAGAGAGAAGGCAUUCCGUCCUGAGGUCAGUUUCAGAUUGUCGCAUAUCAUCAUCGAGUGCCCACUGACUGACUUCAACGGCGGGCUGCCGUCUCUCCACCUGGCUGAUGACACCAUUCAAUGACUGGGCACUUUGCACAUACACCGAUGAUCCCUUUGAGGACCUCUGUGGCAAUUCCUGCUCCUUGUUAUCUAGGGGGAGAUUUUCAAAAGCCUCCAGUGUCAGCCUAACUGUGCUCCCAUUGAUGUCAGUGGUAACCACUGACUCCAACAGAAGCAGAGCAAGGCUAGUGGGAAUUUUACCAUUGCCUCCACUGAAGUCAGAGUUAGGGCAGCACAGGACCCUUGGAAAAUCCCCCGCCUACUGUAUUCUAGCGCUCUUGCUUCUGCUCACAAGUGCACCCUAAACAUUGCGUGUGUUUAUUUUACUGUCUUUAUAUCCACUUAGUACUCUUCACUACAGCAUUUGGAUUACCUACGACAAUCCUGCUGAAUGCGUUGAUGGUUUGUUGUAGUCUUACAGUGAAGCCAUCAACGUGAAUAAAAGUACUAUAAAAACCAAAAUAUGACCGGAGUAGUCAACAGGCGGACCACAGGCCAAAUCCGGACCGCCAGGUGCUUUUGAAUGGACCCUGAAAUCUUUUUAUUUACUUAUCAUUAUUGUUAAUUUUUUAUUAUUUUCUCUGGAGUUUGGACCUUGACUAUACUUUGAUCAAGAAAUUUGGACCGUGACAAAAAAUAAUUGACUACCCCUGAAACAGACUAAUGUGGACCCAGUUCAGGAAAAAGCUCCGCAUCUUCUGCAUUGUGGCCACCCAACUCAAGGCCCGGAUUCAGCAAAGCUGUUAAUCACAUGGCUUAAUUUUAAGUUUAUGAAUAAGUUCCAUGGACAUCAACUGGACAUAAGCACAUGCUUCAGUCCUGCGAAGAUACAUGUGCUUAACUUUUUGCACUGCAGAUAGGCCCAUUGACUUCAAUUAGACCAUUCACAGUGGAUAAAGUUAAACACGUGUAAAUUGAGCCUAAGUGCUUUGCUAAACUGCAGCCUAUGUAGGUUUUUUACACCUUUUGCUGGUUUGCCACAAGGUCUCUGCCUGGACAUGUUCCUAAGGACUCGAGCCUCCACUCCUUACUAAGAGACAAAAUGUCCCUUGAAGUCAAUGGAUGUUUUUAGUGACAGAAGCAAUGGAAGAUCCUGCCUCUUUCAUGUGAAAAGGUGUGGUAGAUGUAUGCAAUAUGUAGAUCAAAGCGCUGAUUGUCACAGUUUCCUGAACUGAUGCAAUUUCUUAUAACAAAAGAGUAUUUUUAAACAAUAUAACACAGUUAGCAGGUACUUAAGAACUAGGAUUAUUUAAAAGAU